GUCGUACGCCGUCAUACAUCAUACAUGCUUCCAUCGCUCAGCACUCAUCGCAUACCACUCUCCAACCUUUUGCGAUCGUCGGACUAGCAAGACACUGUUUCUCACACGAAUCUUGCUGCCACUUUCCGUUUGAGUACAGCGUCAUCACCUGCUCUGCUGAACAAAGCCUUGUCAAAGUCAUCACGGCGACUUGGCCUUCUCUCCUCCGCGCAUGCAAGUCGACGCUCAAGUACAUGCCAUCGUCUGCCUCGAUGCGCUCUUGACACGCCUUCGAUGCAUACACGACCCGGUUCUUUGUUGUUGUGCUCCGUGACCUUGCGAGCCCAAAUUAGAUAUGGCUAUGCCCUUAUAAAUCGACUCGUUUCUCUCGCUCUGACUCAAGCCAGGAUCAGAUUCGAAAGCACAAGAAUCCCGUCAUGUCCUCAUACGGGAUUCAUGAUCGUGCUGUGGACAACCUCUGCUACUUGACAUCUCUCGAUGCUUCACUUUGGGAUGUCACUUGGCGCCCCAUCAAAGACCUCGCUCCUUACAUCACACAGGAGCUUGCGGACAAGGUAAGAGAUGAAAGUUCAGUCCCGGAGGCAGCACCACUCGACAAAGUCCUGUCGUGUUAUUGGACUGUCAAGAGACGUUUCCAAGAGCUCGAGGACUGGCUCGAUGCUUAUGAUGAGCACUUGGCCAAGUGUAGGCUCACCAAAGAGUACUUCUAUCAGCAAUGGCGAGCCACCCGUGAAGAGGACAUUACGUCAUUCCUAGAUCUGUGCCGGGUCAAUAUCAGGCCCUGUGCCUCUCAAAGGAGAGCCCGUUUUUUGCUUCAUUACGCAACAUCUACAGUAUCUGAUGCAUCCCAACCCCUUGCUUCACUACAACGACAAGGUCUCUCCACUUCGACAGGCCGCUGACAUCACGAGCUGGAUCGCGCGCUUUGUCCGCGCAGCGGAGGGUUCCAUUCCCUGUAUCCUCAACGGGUGCAAAGCAAGAGCUACUGCCAACUGUCU